AUGUACCACCACAUGAAACAGAAGAGCUCACGUAGAAAAGGCAGUCAUAGUACAGUAGUACAGAAGCAACCGCGAGGCUGUGGAUACAGCCAGCGGGUGGGGGCCCCCGGAGGCCACGGGGUAGUUCGGGGGCGGUGGCGGCCCAGCUCAGGUGCCCGGCGCACCGGAGACCGCAGUGCGGAGCCACCCCGCAGCGCCAGGGUUGCUGCGCCAGCGCACACGGGGGCCCGCGUACCCUAUCUCCGCACCUGCCGCGGGGUCCAAAAGGGAUCCUGCAAAAAUGAACCAUUCUCACUCCGCUGGAGGAAGGUAUAUGGCACUGGGAAGUUAAUUACCUUGCCCCUUGUUGCUAAUCUGCUAAAUAAUCGAGAUAGUGAAAUGGUUAAGACUCAGACUCAGGGAAAUUCUCAAGUCAUCAAGACACAGCAGGAAGAUUUUGGUAUUAGAAGGAGACUUAAAAUAAUACAUACAACGUUACUUGCGGCAUAUAAUAGUCUUACUGAUAAACACCUGACUGGAUAUUUUAACAACACAAGGAUAAGACGCCAUCUUCUAAGAUCAGGACUGAUCACAAGAAGUGGGAGAAUACUUUCUGACAAAGAAUACAGACUAAAUAUCAUGAAGAGGGACCACCAAAAAUAUAUCCGGGAGUGCCUCGCUCAGGCUAUUUUCCACAAGGUUCUUGAUAUGGAGCGUUAUCAUCAGCUUGAAAUAAAGAAAAAACUGGAGACCUUAGCUAGAAAGGAGCGAAUUCAGAGAUUUAAGGGAGAAUCCACAAGAUGGUCUAUAGAAAAUAACAUGCCGUUCCUGUCCCCCCAUCCCCCAGUUGGCCCAAAGGCUAACCGCGGGCAUAGUGUUCUGGUUGACGAAGGACAUUCCAGUCCAAUGACACUGACAGCCCCUCGACCAUACACUGCCCCAGGAAAUAUGCAGCCUCCAAUUCGACUAAAGCCUCUUCCCAGUAAUCCUGCAGUAGGAACUGUUCCAAAGAUAACUUCGGGGUCCAGAUCGAAAACCUCAUUGCUGGAAAAUGAAGCUCCAUUUCCCAUUGGGGGCAAGAAGGCAGUGAUGAAGUUCAAGAACUCCAUGGACAGUUCACAGGGAGUGAAUCGCUAUCAACUUCCAGAUAUCAACAAUUACAUGAUGCCUAUUCCUCCUUCACCGCCUCCCCACAGAGCAAAAAUCACAAGAGAAAGUAGACUUGAAUCAUGGAGAAGGAGAAGAUUUCGUCCAACCACUGCUCCAAAUGGCUUGGAGCCUCUCUUUACCAGGGAUUCAAGAAAGGUUCACCGAACACCCUUGCAUAGUAAUGCAGCUAUUACAAUGAUCUAUUUGGGGAAAAAUGUGCGCCUAUCUCAUGAUCACCCAGACUUCCGGGAUGAAAUAAAAGUUUAUCAGCAGCACUGUGGUGGGGAGAACCUUUGUGUCUACAAAGGCAAACUCCUUGAAAAAGAGACCUUUCAGUUUAUUUCCAAAAGGCACCAUGGUUUCCCCUUCAGUCUCACCUUUUUCCUGAAUGGGAUGCAAGUGAACAGGUUGAGCUCCUGUUGUGAAUAUAAGCAUCGGAAAGGUUCCAGACUUGGAGGCAAACGAGGCUACUUUGGGUUUGUGUGCGUGGAGAGAUCAUCUCCUUGCUACAAGUGCAUUAUUGCAAUGGGCCUUGACAAAAAUCCAACUGCACCAAAACUUAGGAAAGAAAAGAGUAUUGAGAAAAGAGAAGAACUAAAGAAGGAUGAGGGGAAACUAAGGAAGGAUAGAGGGAACGUGAUACCAAGAAGGAAUGAGAUAGAGGGGAACAGAACUUCCCCUUCAGUCAUCUUACCAGCUCACGAAAAAAUAAGGAAUGGAGAAGUGAGAACGGCUGUGGAAGAAAUGGAAGGUAAAGGAAAACCAGGACAAGAUGUUUGGGAAGAUGACCAGGAAAAUAUAUUUAAAUACGAAUAUGAAGAAGAUUUUGAAGCAGAUGAGGAGAAACAAGAUGAGAAAGCUAAUGAGGAAGGACAGGCUGAUGAUCAAAUGAAUGGGAUGUCAAAGUCACCCUCAGAUGAUGAAAAAGAUCAUUUAGACCCUGCAAAGGAGAGUGAAGCCUCGUCGCAGAAGGCGGCAGAUGCUGGUGACAACGUGAAAGAUGAAAGUGAUGGACACUCUGACAGUGACCUGGAGGAGGAGAAACAAGAUGUAAAAACUGCUUCAUCGUCUUCGUCCAGAAGUCACACAUGUUCUAGUUGCAGUGAAGAUGAAUCCACACUGGGGGAUAGGGAAACCCAUGCUGAGAACAGACCAAACACAAGUGCCACAAGUUCAUCUUCUCAGGAGUCCAGUGAAAAUGAUGAGUCAGGAAAAUCCCACCUUCCAAUUGAGGAUUCCCUAGAAGUUGAAACUGAAGACAGAAAAAUAAUAACAACAGAUGUAGAGACCAAACCUCUGCUAAUAGAGGAAUGCUUGGAGAAUGUUCUUGAAGAAGAAAUGGAGAAAGGAACUCAAGAGAUUGCAGAGGGCUUAUCUGAGAAGUCCAGGGAACAUAUUUCCAAGGAAGAAGAAGAAAAGGAUAAAAGUGAGCUUUGGGAAGGAAGCACUCCUAAGGCGAAGGACAAAAAGGCAGGUCCCAGUAGGGUGGAGAAAGGUGUUGGACAGAUUGUAGCAGAAGCUGUGGAGCCUGGCUGCCGCAGUCACUCUGACACUGAGGCUGGUGUUAGCAGCGCAGACGUGGAGGAGAAGCUCGGGAGGAAGCCGGAGAUUGACAGAGGUGCAGCACCGAAUAGGAAUUUUGUGUUGGAGCAAAGGGCACCACCAUACUUGAAAAAGGAAUCCAAUCAAGUUGCAUCAGAAGUGGACACACUGGAGAAGAACGAGGCAGUGGAGGAGGCUGAACUUCCCCGGCCUGGGGACACUGAGCUGGUGGAAGAGGAAGGGGAGGCGGCCCUGUGGGGCACUCCCAGGGUUAAUGAGGUUCCCUUGGGGGAGCGGAAGCCAAGAGCAGAGCAGCCAGCUUUAGUAGAACAGUUUACAGAGGAAAGAGAGAUCCCUCAGGGCCUAGCAUGUGGGGCUGAGGCAGAAGCAGAAGAGGAUGAAAGUCCUGAUAAAGAGGACAUAAGCCCCAAGGGGAAAGACGCAGCCGGAGUCUCUGGAGGUCUGAAUGAAGGUCAGGAUGAAGCUUCUGAAGAGGGGGCCUUGCUGCCAACAGCGCAGGAGACAGGACAGGUGGCUGCUGAAGAGAAGGCAGUGUUUGCAAGCAAGGCAGUGCCUGGGAACUCAGAAUGCGUUCAGGAGGCAGCAGCCCUGAGGGACACAGUGACAGCGGAAACAAGGGAGACUGAGAGAGGGGAGCCUGAUGUGAUGAACAGUGAAGAGGAAGCACCAACAGACCUACAGGCCCUGGGGGCCAUGGAAGGUGCUUCAUCUGAGAGAGAGGAUGGUUCAGAGAAGGCAGUGCUUGGGGGAGAGGAAACAGCCAAAGAGAAGAAGGCAGUUAUGAGAAUGCAGACACCCUUGACCUCCUCCACUUCUGAGAAGGCCGAGGCUCCCCUGAAGGGAGUUUUGGAGGACAGCCCGGAAGAGCUUUGUAAGGAAGAUGCCAAAAGGGAGGAGGUUGAGACCGAGGCAGACUCUAAUAAAGACGACAGGAAAGAAAUGUUACCUGAGGAAUUAGGUGUAGCAAGAGAGAAGAGGAAAACUGAGAAGCCAGAGGCACCUCUGGAGGAAACUGAAUCUAAGAAAGAAGAGGUGAGGAGGUCAAAUGCACAGCAGGGUGAAGACAUUUUAGAAGAAGAGCAAAAGUUUAAAGGGAAAGAGCAGGGAACCGUGAAAGAAGUGACACCUGAGGAAGAGCCACAAGUCCCCCCAAAUGAAAUGCACUGUGAUGCUGAGGGUGAAACACCCAUGGGAGCAUCCGAAUCACCCAGAGACAAAGGGCGGCAAGGAGGAGAUUCACUGAGAGAAAGAGAGGUAACUCUGUUUGAAGCGGCACCUGCAGAUGGAAAGUCGCUGGAAGACACAACAUGUCUGAGAAAAGAGGAAGAAGGGGAAAGACUGAGAGAAGUCCAGGAUCCAGAGCAGAGCAAAGGCAGAGCAGACCUGCUCUCCUGGGAGGACGGGGCUCCCUCAGGGCCGGACCAGGGGCCAGGCCCUGAGCCAGAGGGUGUGUUAGGGGCUCCUGGAACUGAGCCAGCAGGAAAGGGGCAGGGGCCCCAAGUGAUGACCCCAGCCACAGGUGAGGCCCAGAAGUGCACAGCCAAAGAACAAGGUGGCCUGGCGGGAUUGGAAGGGGAAGAUAAAAAAGGGCCCUUGCAGGGGCAACAAGGAGCAGGGGUCACAGUGAUGACCCAAGAAGAUGUUUCUGAGGAAGACUCCAUGAUGGCAGAAAAGCUGAGUGAAGACGCUAUGGUUGAGAACCCAGAAGAGGAGGCAGAUAAAGAGGGCCCCCCGGGGACAGAAGUGAUAACAGACAGGGACACAGAGGGGGCUGGGACCUUGCAAGGGGGAGUGGCGGUGGCUGAGGAGGAUCUCCAUCCCAGAAAAGCAGCAGGAACAGCCGAGAAGAAGAGGGAGGUGUUCGCAGAUUUGAAGACAGCUGAGGGGAAAACAGAGGCAAAUAAAGCCUCCUCCUUGUGGGAUGUUUCUGGCAAGGAGACUCGGCCCGAAGUGGAUGACUUACCGGGGAAACCGGCAGCUGCAGAGAAGGUGGUGGUAGAGGAAACAGCGCUGGGCAGGGAGGAGGUGGCGGCGGUGGAGGAGGUGACAGGGACUUGUGUGGGGGCUCCACGAGAGCCUUCAGACCCAAGAGGGAAGGCCCCACAGAUAGGGCAGGAUCCAGAGGGCGGGGGACUUGGUACCACACAGAGGGCAGAGUCAGUGGGCGAGGAGGUGGGCCUGGGGAGCUGUGCCAGGGGGCAGAAGUCGGGUGCAGCUGAGGAAUUCAGCCUAGGACUGUCCCCAGGGAGAGAGUCAGCACCUGGGAGAGAGAGUCUACAGGGUGUGGAAAUGCUCCUUGAAAAGCCUGAUUGCCCUGAAACCCAAGAGAAGCGAGCUUACAGUGCAAAGAGAAAAGGAGAAAGUGAGAACGCAGAUGUCUCCCUGAGCAACAUGAAGGCCUGAGAGUCUUUGUGGCAGAAGGAUAUCUUAAAGAUGUCUUCUGGAAGACGGAAAGAGUGGAGAAAGAUUCACCAAGCAUCGCAUUAGAAAUUUAGAUUUUAUCUUUUUUUUUUUAAUCAUUGUACUUGUCUGAGCUGGUUCCCAGUGUGGCAGUGCGGGUCAGGAGCACAGUGGGCACCUUGAGAAUAGCUGUGUAGGUCUGCCGGACCCUCUUCAGGGGCGCUGGUUCCUAAUGGAGGGCUGGGAGGCUGUUAUGUAUUCAACCCGGCUAACGUGUCUCUGUUCAAACCAAACUGAUAGUUUUCAUGUGUUUGACUUUUACCAAAGAGCACCUGAAAGGCUCAGUCCUCACAUCUGUUUAAAUUCCUUUUUAUUUCUAAUCAAAUAUUAGUCCCGGUUUCAUACAUUAGAGUUUUGUUUCAAGUCCAUGGCUUGGGGCGUUAAUGACUUAGUUUGUGCAAAUGAGCUCAAAAGGUCCUUCUUCGUACACUCAGGACUGAGAUUGCUCCAACCCUGUAAAUCCUCCCAGAAAGAACUCUAUGGCAUGUAAAUUCACCUACAUUUAGAAAUAGUCAUUCAUCCUUUUUAUACUGGAAGAGUAAAGUGGCAAUCUUAUUUCAAAAUGCCCUUUGUUUUUGUGGGGGGGGGGUUCUGUAUUUCUGCGUUCUGAGGUAGACAUAAAUGCUUGUGGUAUUUUGUCCCCCGGGGGCCUUAUUUAUAGCUCCAUUAAAAUUUAAAUCAAAGUAGUAAAUAAUUUAGCUGACUGAAAUGAAUUGCAAUAAUUAUAGCAGGUACAUGAGCACAUACACCAACAUUCUAGACUCUAGAUUCUUCGGUGGCUGUCAUUUGAUGGAAAAGAAACUUGGAUUAAAUUAGUGCACCGCUCACCUUCCCAAGUUCUGUUAUUUCAAACCUGUGAACUAACCUUGCAGGGUGCUAUAAAUCAACAGUCAGAAUCACUUUCUAAGUUACCCCUUGAUAUUACUAGAAAUAGCUGUGCGUCAGCGUGCCUACUGGAGAUUUCGAUUUCCUUAAAGACAUCUUUGUUCAUAUAGCAGCACCCUAAAGAGCACAUAUGUUUGGCCAUCUUUUUGCACAUAAGGAGGUGAAACAAAAUUUCCUAAAGUGGUGAUUCUCCAGCUGGAGUACACAUUAGACUUGCAUGGGGCACUUUCUUGAAUGAUCCAACCCCUGGCCCCUCCCCCAGAGAUUUGGAUUUAAUUCGUUUAGGUGGGUGUAGACCUCAGGUGUUUCAUUUUGGGGAGUUUUUUGUUUGUUUUUGAAAUUCAGUUGAUUCUACUACGGAGCUAAAAUUGAGAAGAGCUGCCCUAAAUCAUCAUACAAGCUAUGCUGGCUGGCCUACACUCAGUGUCCCUAGGGACCAGGCAUGUUCUCUUUAUAGGUGUGUUUCAUUUUAAUAAAAGAGCUGUUGAAUGAUCAAAGCCAUAAUGGACCUGUGGGUCUCAAAAUGUGGUCCCUUGAUCAGGAGAUGAGCAUCACCUGCACUGUUCCAAAUACUAAUUCUCGCCCUCAUCUCUCACCUAUUAAAUUGGAAACUCUGUGGCUGGGGCUUCGAAGUUGGCGUUUUAACAAGCCCUCAGGUAAUUCUGAUGUACUCUAAAGUCUGGAAACUGCUGUUGUAGACUAUGGAUUGUACUGAGGAUUAGUCUCAGUUGGAAAAUGGAUUGCAGAAGCAUUGUGAACUUUCUCUCUUUGUCUUUCUCUUUCUUUUUCUGUCUAUUUUUCUUCCUAUCUCUAGGAAAAGGCAUCCCUAUAAAGGUGAUGGAUUCAAUAUUAAGCUCAUUUUUAAUAUGACUGCAAUGAUGCGUUUAUGAAUUCUUUCAGCCCCAUCCCCUACUGAGGUGGAGCAUCAACCAUAGAUCUCCAUCGUCUGUCUUAAGUUUAUGAGUGGGUUUCAUCUACAUCAUAUCCAAUUUCAUUUAUUUACUGAGCUGCAUUACUGUGGAGCUCUGUAUAUUUUUUCCUGAUCUCAACCUGAAUGCCACAGAGCACUGUGAAGACACAGCACCUUAUGGAAAAGAUUGUAAACUUGUUAAUUCCAUUGAAGAAUGAGUUUUAUACAAUGUGCUAAAUGGAAAUUGCAUUGAAUUAUUUUUAUAUUUAACACAUUCCGUCAAAACAUUCUGUAACAUAAUUCUACAAUCUGCAUGUGGGUUUAAGUGUGAAAUUCAGUGUUGUGAUAUUUUGAUUAAAUGAAUUCUUUCUCUGCAAAUACUAUGUUGAUAAAACUAUCUGUAUGUGAAACCGAACUGAUUUUUCCUCUAGUUUCAUUAUCAAAAGCAUAAACAAACUAUAUGUUUACAGAUAAGACAUGUGAAUGAUUCUUUGUAAAUAAGAUUAGAUUUUGAAAAUCUUCUUUGCCCUUUCCUUAAAAAAUUUAAACUCCAUAAAGCAGAGAAACUUAGUUUCAUGGGGCUGUUUAUAUUGAUAGUCUAUAUUCAAACACGUCUGCACUCAUGUCUUUCAUAUACAUGAGAAGAUAUUAGGAACAUUAUCACCAUUUCAUAAAUAAAUAAAGAAAAGCUCCAGA